AUCUUAAUUUGGAUCUCCAUUCGAUCUUAAUGUUCAUACUCGGAACCUAGGACUAUAAUAACCCGAUGGGUAGCACGAACAGGGGUGAAGAAGAACUCAACCAGCCAUUAGUAGACAGUUCUACUUCGGCAUCGAACUUGGUAGUAGUACCGGACGUCGUCCAAGCUGGAGAAGAAGUCGACGAUGAUCAAAAGGAGAAAUCAGACCUGAAAUCAAAAGUGUGGACAGAAACAAAGAAGCUAUGGCAUAUAGUGGGUCCAACCAUCUUCAGCCGCCUCGCCACCUUCUCAAUGAACCUCAUCACCCAAGCCUACGUCGGCCACCUCGGCGAUCUGGAACUCGCUUCCUUCACCAUUGCCAACAAUAUCAUCGUCGGCUUCAAUUUCGGCCUCCUGUUGGGGAUGUCAAGUGCAUUAGGGACCCUAUGCGGGCAAGCCUACGGAGCAAAAAGGUACCACAUGUUAGGCAUAUACAUGCAAAGGUCAUGGAUUGUACUAUUCCUGUGCUGCCUCUUGUUGUUGCCACUCUACGUAUUCGCAACCCCAUGGUUAAAGCUCCUGGGACAAGCCGAUGACGUCGCAGAGCAAGCCGGGCUGGUGGCCUUAUGGUCAAUUCCAAUCCACUUCAACUUCGCCUUCGUAUUUCCAGUGCAGAUGUUCUUGCAAAGCCAGCUGAGGGCCGCGGUGCUGGCAUGGGUUUCGUUAGCGGUUUUGGUGAUACAUGUGGGACUUAGUUGGGUUUUCGUGUACUGGUUGGAGUUUGGGGUGGUGGGAGCCGUCGCGGCAUUGGGUUUGGCGUGGUGGCUGAUGUUUUUUGGACUUUUUGGGUACACGCUUUUGGGUGGGUGCCCAGAUACUUGGACUGGUUUCUCCAUGGAAGCCUUCUCCGGACUUUGGGAGUUCGUCAAGCUCUCUGCUGCCUCUGGUGUCAUGCUCUGUUUGGAGAUCUGGUAUUACAGAGUAUUGAUAUUGAUGACUGCAAAUCUGAAAAAUGCUACUAUAGCUGUGGAUGCGUUGGCCAUUUGUACGGGCAUCAGUGGGUGGGAAAUGAUGAUUCCUGUAGCUUUCCUCUCCGGAACAGGAGUAAGGGUUGGAAACGAGUUAGGUGCGGGAAAUGUAAAAGCAGCAAAAUUUGCAACGAUAGUAUCUCUGGUGCAAUCCACCAUCAUCGGCUUAUGCUUUUGCGCUCUCAUAAUGGUAUUCCAUUACCAAAUUGCUUUGAUCUUCACAUCCAGUGCCGAUGUCCUCGAGGCAGUCGACAAUCUUUCCUUACUCUUGGCUAUCUCCAUUCUUCUCAAUAGCAUCCAACCCGUUCUUUCCGGGGUGGCCGUUGGAUCCGGAUGGCAGGCGAAGGUUGCAUUCGUUAAUUUGGGAUGCUACUACGUUGUUGGGGUUCCCCUUGGAGUAGUCUUGGGUUGGGUAUUUAACUUGGGAGUUGAGGGUCUUUGGGGAGGGAUGAUCUUCGGUGGAACGGCUAUACAAACAGUAAUAUUGGCCAUCAUUAUUAUGCGGUGCAAUUGGGAAAAUGAGGCUGAAAAAGCAACUAUGCGCAUCGAAAAGUGGUCAACUCCCAAUCCAGAUACAGAUUCAUAGCUUUAAUUAUAAUAAAACACGAACUGAACUAGAUCGAUAUAGUUAUUGAACCACUUCAUUUAUUUGGGUUCCAAAAUAUAAUUAAGCUGCAAUAUUUUUCCCUCU